AGGUGUGUCCGUGUGUCGCCAGGUGUGUCCAGCUGUGUGCAUCCUCCGUUCCCAUUCCCAUUCCCGUCCCUGUUCCCGUUCCCGUUCUCGCCCCCGGUUCACGCCAGGUCCACCCCCGGAUCGCCCCCGGUUCACCCCCGGACCGCCCCCGGAUCGCCCCGGCGCGGGGCUCAGCCGCCGAUGGGAUUUGGGAGCUCACGGCGCUUCACCCCCGCGGUCCGGGCACGACUCCGGGCAGGGCCGGGGGUCCCCUGUGCCACCCCGAGCACCCCUUGUGCCACCCUGAGCGCGCCCUGCGCCACCCAGGCCGCCCCUCCAUCCCCCGCAGCGCCCUCAGCGAGGUGCCAGCCCCCCUUGGCAUGGCCCCACCCUUCCCAAAGCCCCCGGGGCGGCCCCAGUCACCCCAAACUGCCCCACGGGCCCCCCACCCAGGGCAAGGGCCAUGUUCUCCAUCACCAUCAUCACCCUCGUAGCCAUCACCAUCCUCCUCCUCACCUUCCACAUCAUCCGUGAGCUCUGCCAGGACCCGGUGCCGCCCCCCGCCUACAGGAGCCCGCAGAGCCCCGCGCCCGGCCCGCCCCACCGAGACCCCCGUGGCUCCGUGCCCCCCGCGCCCACCCUGCUGCCCCCGGUGCCCCGCGCCGCCGUCCCCGCGGGGCCGGAGCCGCCGCCCUACAGCGAGGUGACAGCCAAGCCCUUCCUGUACCCCCUGCUCGGGGGGCCGUGCCCCGAAUGCGGCCACAACCCCGCAGCUCAGCCCCCCUUCAGCACCCGGACCUAGAGGUGACCCCCUCCAAGGACAGCUGGUGACAACUCUCGCCUUCACUCGGGGGGACACGGACCCUUCAGGACCGCCUGGAUGGCCUGGCCUCACGGCCCCUCGUUUCCCCAAGCUGCCCCACUGAGAAUUCCCCUAUUUAUUUAUUAUAUUUAAAAGUGUGAAGAA